AGGGUCCACUUCCUAAUACAGGUUGUCAUUUCUGGCUCAUGGUUUGGCAGCAAAAGACCAAAGCAGUUGUCAUGCUAAACCGAAUUGUGGAGAAAGAAUCGGUUAAAUGUGCACAGUACUGGCCAACAAAGGAUGACCGAGAGAUGCUGUUUAAGGAAACAGGCUUCAGUGUGAAGUUCCUGUCGGAAGACGUGAAGUCCUAUUAUACAGUUCAUCUGCUGCAGUUAGGAAACACCAAUAGUGGUGAAACCAGAACAAUAUCUCACUUUCAUUAUACUACCUGGCCAGAUUUCGGAGUCCCUGAAUCACCAGCUUCAUUUCUCAAUUUCUUAUUUAAAGUGCGAGAAUCUGGCUCCUUGAAUCCUGAACACGGGCCUGCGGUGAUCCACUGUAGUGCCGGCAUCGGGCGGUCAGGCACCUUUUCUCUGGUGGACACUUGUCUUGUUCUGAUGGAAAAAGGAGACAAUAUUAAUAUUAAACAACUGUUACUGAAUAUGAGAAAAUACCGAAUGGGGCUGAUUCAGACACCAGAUCAACUCAGAUUUUCAUACAUGACUAUAAUAGAAGGAGCAAAGUUUAUAAAGGGAGAUUCAAGUAUUCAGAAACGGUGGAAAGAACUUUCUAAGGAAGAUGUAUGUCCUGUUUUCGAUCAUUCAACAACCAAAAUAAUGACUGAAAAAUACAACGGGAACAGGAUAGGCCUAGAAGAAGAAAAACUGACAAGUGACAGGUAUACAGGACUGUCUUCUAAAAUGCAAGAUACUCUGGAGGAAAACAGCGAGAGUGCUCUGCGCAAGCGCCUUCGGGAGGACAGGAAAGCCAGCACAGCUCAGAAGGUGCAGCAGAUGAAGCAGAGGCUGAACGAGACCGAACGAAAAAGGAAAAGGCCAAGAUUGACAGACACCUAAAUAUUCAUGACUUGAGAAUAUUCUGCAGCUAUAAAUUUUGAACCAUUGAUGUGCAAAGCAAGACCUGGAGCCCACUCCGGAAACUAAGUGAGGCUUGAUAAGCCUGUAGAUUGCCUCACAUUUGUCUGUUUACAAAGUAAACCUUACAUCCAGGGAACGAAGAGCACCACCAGCAGAAGACUUUGCAGAGCCCUUUCAUUUGAUGCAUUGUUAAGUUUUUUAAUGUGUGUGUGAAAUGUAGAGAGAUGUAAAAGAAAUAAAUUAGGAAAGACUACUUUGUAUUGUACUGCCAUUCCUACUGUAUUUUUAUACUUUUUGGCAGCAUUAAAUAUUUUUAUUAAAUAG